AUGGAUGCACUCAAUACAUUCUCACAGGAAAGGUUGCCAGAAGGGGCUGUUGUUGUGCUGGUGAUCCUUGCUUCAGAUAAAACUUCACUAUUACAAUUCAGUGGGGAUCAGGAAGUGUGGCCCAUGUACUUGACCCUUGGAAACAUCUCCAAAGACAUCCAACAUCAGCUAUUGAAACAUGCUGCUAUCCUAAUCACUUACUUACCUAUCUCAAAACUGGAGUGUUUCACACAGGACAUCCAGUCAGCUGAACAUUACUGCCUAUUCCGCUACUGCAUGACACAAGUACUAGAGCCACUGGUCAGUGCAGGACAAGAUGGAGUUGAGAUUACUUGCCCUGAUCAUCAAGGAGGUGGUAUGCAUCCAAUUGUGGCUACAUAUAUUGCUGACUUUCCAGAGCAGUGCCUCAUAGCAUGCUGCAUGGAGAAUUGCUGCCCAAAAUGCACCAUUGGAUGUGACAAGUAUGGAGACAUGAGAACAUCUGUGCCAUGCAAACAAGAUCAACAAUCAAAUACCUGCAGCUGCACUCCAAGGGUGAAUUGA